AUGGAGAUCAUCGAGAGGGAACCUAGCCAGAUACAAUUACCGAAACCGACAAAUUCAGUAGAGGUGGCCCGCUUCGUUACCGAAUCGCAUUCUACAAUAUGUGUUCUAGUGGACCGGACUGAAGAAUAAUUCCGAUUGAACUUCCUUACUAGGUAAGUCGUUUAAUCUCAAAUUAUUUUUGCUUCUCUGGGGACUAGGCAAAGACACAAAUCUUUCUCUUAAAUAGGGCGGUUGACCUGUUUUUAUAACCCUAUAGAUAAAAAAUACAUGUGAUAUUUUCUGCGAUUCGUCAUGUUUAAUAUGUUGUAGUUAUUCAGAUAAGGAGUGAUAUGGUUUCGAUAUGGAAUUCCAAACGCAAAU